CGACAUGACCUCACUGGGUGUUACUGGAUCAAUAACCCUGCAUUUAGAUCGUAUAUUAACGGCAGCGCCGUUCGGCACCGUAACGUUGCAUACCCCCUAUUAUCGGGUGGUUCAGAGCAGGGCGAGACCGUUGGGUAUGACGGCGUAGGCUACUCUGACAGCUUACUGCUUGCUUUCAGUCGACAAUUCUCGUGAAACAAAUGCACGACGUCACUACCGAGGAUAUGGCCUCGCUGACAACUUCUCCCUCAAGUUGUCAGUGCAUUCGGCUCCAGUAUCGCACCUAUGUAGGAUGGAGGGAUCCGUUUCUAUUGGACAUCCUUUGCAAGCUACUUUGCUCCGCCGCGGCUCUGGACGCCGUAGACUGGCUGGCAGUGGUCAGUUUCCAAGGCUCACGUCCGAGAAGAGAAGAGGUCUGCAGGACAAGGAACCCUCCGCCCCUUCACCACUUGCUUCUGAGUUCACCAUCGGGUGGCAAUAAAUAUCCACGGGAAAUCCACAGCUGGUGGCACUGUGUGGCAAAUGAUCGCACAUCAUAGGUUGCAUAUUUUAUGCUGUACAAGUGCAUGGAAUCUGACAUUGUACAAAUGCCUUGCACGUGGAUGGGCAUAAUCAAAAGUUU